GGCGCCAACGAUGUGGCCAACGCUUUCGGCAGCAGUGUCGCCGCUCGCACGCUGUCCAUGCGGCAGGCGCUGCUGAUCGCCGCGGUGUGCGAGUUCGGGGGCAGUGUGCUGCUGGGGGGCGAGGUGACCCGGACAGUGGCGUCGGGAAUCGCUAGCCUGACGUCGUUUGAACGGCAUCCGGAGAUGUACAUGUACGGCAUGUUGUGCGCGAUGGUUUCUUCCGGGACCUGGCUCAUCAUCGCCACCUAUCUGGAGCUACCCGUAUCUACGACACAUUCUAUAGCGGGUGCCGUACUUGGUUUCGCAUUCGUUUACGGAGGACCGAAGGCAGUGAUCUGGCUACAGCCUCAGGAGGAAUUUCCGUACAUGAGGGGCAUGGUGCCUAUCGUCGUGUCGUGGUUUAUUUCGCCGCUGCUCUCCGGGCUGGCUGCGGCGCUGUUGUUCUUCAUCGUACGAACCGCCAUUCUGAGGAGGGAAGCUAGCUUGGAGCUCGCGUUUUGGGCGCUUCCGUUGCUCGUUCUCAUAACGGUCUUCAUAAAUUCGUACUUCGUGCUGUACAAGGGCGCUGAUACGCGCAUUACUUGGAGUUCCAACAAGUCUGCCUGGGUUAGUGCUUGCAUCGCUGGCGGUUGUACCGUACUAACGGUGUUCGUUGGAAUGCCGCUUGUACGGCAGUCCGUGUAUCGUGAUGUGGAGGCAAGCAGCAGAAAUGUCGGCUGCCAUAUGACCCGACGGGCCAAUGUACGGCAGCAACGGCAGGAGGCCAGUACGGCAUCGGACAACAGAUACAGGUUCAAGCCGAUGGACUUGGCACUAUGUACGGCAGCGGCAAUCGUACUUCAUGGCACUCAAGUCAACGUACACGAUGCCAUAUUUGAGGACCCAGCUGCACAACGUGUUCACUCCCUCGCCGAGGUGUUCGACCCCGCCACGGAAGACGCGUUCAAGUACCUGCAGGUGCUCACGGCUAUUUGCGAUUCCUUCAGUCAUGGAGCUAACGACGUGGCCAAUUCCGUGGGUCCCUUCACCGCCAUCUGGUUCAUAUAUCGCUUUAGACGGAUCGACUACAUGGCGGCGUUGCCCAUCUGGAUCCUGGUGCUGGGGGGCGCUGGCAUCGUCAUGGGUCUGGCGACGUACGGCUACAACAUCAUUCGCGCCAUCGGUGUACGACUAUCCGCCAUCACGCCCUCCCGGGGCUUCUGUAUCGAGCUGUCCACCGCCCUGGUGGUGGCGCUUGCCUCCAAGUACGGCCUGCCAAUAUCCACUACGCACUGUCAGGUGGGUGCAACCGCUGGUAUGGGCCUUAUGGAGGGCUCCUCCGGCCUCAACUGGCGGCUGUCGAUGCAGUUCUUCGCGGGGUGGGUGGUGACGCUGCUGCUCACGGGUCUGAUGUCCGCCGCGCUGUUCGCGGCCGGGGCGUACGCGCCCUGCAUCCAGCAGAGCCGGGACCUGCAGCGGUACGAGGACGCCCUGCUGGAGCUGGCGACAAGGUGA